AUGGUAGAUACUUCUCUUGUAGUUGAAGGAAUUUGCGUCUGCUUUCAAAAAGAUCCUGGUACUCUUAUUUUAAUAGCUGGCGAUGGUUGCUAUGGUCCUCUAAUAGAUAAGGCUCUAUUAUUCAACUGGAAGGUUGAAAUAUGGUUUUGGUCAUCAGGAAUAUCUGGAUAUCUUAGGUCGAAAGGAACUUUUAAUUACUUGGAUAAUUAUAAUAAAUGUUUUACAUAUGCACUCGGACCAUGUUCUGAAAAAAAUUUUGUUCUUGAAAUAACUGAUGGCGAAACAAUUAAAAAUUGGAGGGAUGGAAAGAUAUUGGAUUGCUAUGUUUCACUAAAAUUAUUUGGAUGGUGGCAUAAAGAGGAAAAUAUUAUAUACAUGUAUUUCGAUGAUAGGACACACUUAAACGAUGCCAAAAAAUGGUUAAAAGAUAAAUAUUCAGAUAGCAUUCAGGUUUGGGAACAGGAAAGAAAGAGAAAAAACCUUGCAAAUAAGUAG